GGGAAAAAGAGAUGAAAAUGUUGAAUAAAGCUAGAAAGAAAGGCUAUGUGUUCUUCUGUCGGUCGGUCCGAAGGAGAUGAAACGGAUAAUAAGCUACGAGUUAUUCUCUAUUAAUGCAUCGAAGAAUCCAUAGUUGAUACUACUGCCUUUUCUAUUUCGAAUUUGCCGCGAGUUUUGUAGUGUGAUUUCAAGGAGGCAGAGAGAAAGAGUGGCGUCGUCGUCUAGUAGGCUUAUCAUCAUCAUCGAAAUUAAGGGUUAGUUGAAAGAAAUGGAAUUGGAUGACUGGGAUUUGAGCGCGGAAGAACUUGAUUCUCUUGAGAGAGACGCCAUUAAUUCGAUAUCUCAGCGCAGUGCUUCAUCUUCUUCGUCUACCACUACCUCCACUUCUUCGUGUUUACCCGCUACCAGCAACUCUUACCGUCAACAACAUUCUGCUCCAUUUCAUCGGCAGCACCAACGUUCUACCGUCAAGACGGUUGAUAUCCUGCCUGCAGGAUCCAAACGUGAUCCCAAAUUGCCCGAGUCAGGAAUAAAGGGGAGUAUCAUCAAACUAAUGUAUUUACCUGUAUAUUCAGUGUGUGGGUGUCAUCUAUUGCUUCUUAGUAUCAUUUCUCUUGCCUCAGGGGAUGGAUUGAAGGAACAGCCAAAGAUUGUCAAGUUUUUUCUUCAUUCUACUGGGAAUAUUGCUGCAAAGUUUCCUUAUGAUACUUUUCUUAUAGGAGUUUUCCGUAAAAUACCUAAAGCUAGUUGGUAUGCAAAUGAUAGAAUAUGGAUGUUCCCAAUAUCCUCCCUUUUGUCUGCUGAGAAGCUCUUAACUGAAGUAUCUGGACAUAACAUUGAAGUGGAAAGUCUAGAGCCUAUGGUGCGCCGUUCCAUUGCUAUUGCUGCUACUGUUCCUGACCUUCGAGACAAAUAUGACAGGAUUCCAAAUGACAUUGAGUCAAGGCUUUUGCCAUUUCAGCGUGAUGGAGUUAGGUUUAUAUUGCAGCAUGGUGGUCGUGUACUGCUUGCAGAUGAGAUGGGACUUGGAAAGACACUUCAGGCUAUUGCUGUAACCACUUGUGUUAGUGAGGCCUGGCCAGUUCUUGUUCUGGCUCCUUCUUCCCUGCGGUUGCAGUGGGCUUCUAUGAUCCAAGAAUGGUUGCAUAUCCCUUCAUCAGACAUACUUGUGGUUUUAUCAAAUGGGAACGGAUCAAACAAAGCUGGAUUCAAGAUAGUGCAGCCGAGUGCCAAGAGUACCAUUUGUCUUGAUGGUAUAUUCAACAUUAUCUCCUAUGAUAUCGUCGCGAAGUUGCAGAACUUCCUAACUACUGCUGACUUUAAGGUUGUGAUUGCAGAUGAAUCACAUUUUCUGAAGAAUGCUCAAGCAAAGCGUACUAGUGCUUGUCUUCCCAUACUACAAAAAGCUCAAUAUGCAAUAUUGCUUAGUGGAACUCCAGCUUUAUCAAGACCAAUUGAGCUAUUCACUCAGCUGGAAGCUUUGUAUCCUAGUGUGUAUAAGAAUGUCCAUGAAUAUGGAAGCAGAUACUGUAAAGGAGGUGUGUUUGGGAUGUACCAAGGAGCAAGUAAUCAUGAGGAACUCCACAACUUAAUGAAAGCAACUGUGAUGAUCCGCAGAUUGAAGAAGGAUGUACUUACCGAGCUUCCUGUGAAGCGUAGACAACAGGUAUUCUUGGACAUGGCAGAGAAGGAUAUGAAAAACAUCAAUGCUUUAUUUCGCGAGUUGGAGGUGGUGAAAAACAAGAUUAAGGCCUGCCAAUCAGAGAAAGAAUCAGAUUCACUUCAACUUUCCCAGAAGAAUCUCAUUAAUAAGAUAUAUACAGAUUCUGCAGAGGCCAAGAUUCCAGCUGUUUUGGAUUAUCUCGGUACUGUCAUUGAGGCUGACUGCAAGUUCCUGAUAUUUGCACAUCAUCAGCCCAUGAUUCAAGCAAUACAUGAAUUUCUUCUGAAAAAGAAAGUUGGUUGCAUUCGCAUCGACGGUGGGACCCCUGCAUCAACAAGACAAUCUCUGGUUACUGAUUUUCAAAACAAAGACAAUGUGAAGGCAGCAGUGCUAUCGAUCAAAGCAGGUGGAGUUGGAUUAACGUUAACAGCUGCAAGCACAGUUAUUUUUGCAGAAUUAUCUUGGACUCCAGGUGAUCUUAUUCAGGCAGAAGAUCGCGCUCAUAGGAUUGGACAGGUGUCAUCCGUGAAUGUAUACUACCUAUUGGCAAACGACACUGUUGAUGACAUCAUCUGGGAUGUUGUUCAGAGCAAGUUGGAGAAUUUGGGACAGAUGCUGGAUGGGGAAGAGGACACGAUGAAAGUUUCUGGGACAGAAGAAACUAAAAGUAGCCCGGCCAAACAGUGGGGACGGAUGGUUCGUAGCAGUCCGUCAAAACAGAAAACACUGGACUCGUUUAUGAACCGCUGUAGCAGCAUGGAUGAUUCUGAACAUGAUCGAAAUCUUAAGUAUCAAAGGAAAUGAUGUUUUUAGAAGCUGCCGAGAUUAUUAUUGUGUAAUAUUUUCUCUUCUAGUUUUGUUGCUAUCAUUAAGCAACUUAGGUUAGAGUGAGUGAAUCUUCUUCUGUCUUCACUCCACACAUGUAAAUUAUCUUUCUUUUUUCUUUUAAGGAUUGUCAUUACUUUUUUUUAAAGAAUUUAAUUGAUUACUUUUGAGGAUUA